AGCCGUUUUUGGCUCAGGCACUGCAUUUUGACCCAGCUGCUUGUUCUUGUGUGUUCCUGUUGCCUCCAGGCUCAGAAGGUUGCGACCAUGUCGCAGGAUGGCGCGAGCACGGGUUACAUCCUCGUCAGCAUGGCACUGGUCCAGUUCAUGACGCCAGGCCUGGCCCUCUUCUACGGAGGCCUGGUGCGCGAGAGCAGUGUGAUCACCAUCAUGAUGCAGAACUUCGCGACCAUGGGCCUGGUGACCGCGCUGUGGUUCCUGUUCCUGUACUCCAUGUGCUUCGGAGAGACCGCAGAGUUUUUCGGGAACCCGACCACCUUCGCGGGCUUUCGUGGCGUCAACAUGCACUCGGAGGGGCCAGCGGCCGGCAUCCCGCACCUCCUGUUCGCCGGCUACCAGGGCAUGUUCGCUGUCAUCACCCCGGCGCUGAUGACGGGCUGCUUCGCCGAGCGCUUCCGCUUCGGCCCCUACAUGGCGUUCGUAAUGCUCUGGAUGGUCUUCGUGUACGCCCCGUUCUGCCACUGGGUGUGGGGCGGGGGCUGGAUGGCCGAGUGGGGCGUGUGGGACUUCGCUGGCGGCAUCGUCGUCCACAUCACUGCCGGGUUCUCUGCGCUCGCGAGCCUCGUCGUGGUGGGCCGCCGAGCCGUGCCCGAGGGCAUGCUGCGGGAGGACCUGGACGUGCCCCACAACAUCCCGAUGGUCGCCACCGGCACCGCCAUCCUGUGGUUCGGCUGGUUCGGCUUCAAUGGUGGCUCCGCCCUGGCCUCUGACGGCAUCGCCGUGGCUGCGGCCGUCAACACCGAGAUCGCCGGGUCCGUGGCGUGCUUCGUGUGGAUGCUCAUAGAUUGGGCCAUCAACAAGAAGCCCACCCUGGUCGGCAAGUGCGUGGGGGCCAUCGCCGGGCUCGCCACCGUCACGCCCGCCGCUGGCUUCAUCCAGCCGUGGGGCGCCUUUGUGAUCGGCAUUGUGGCUGCCCUGGCAUGUUACGGCCUCUGCGAGCUGCGCAAGAAGCUGCGCGUCGACGACGCGCUGGACGUGUGGGGCGUUCACGGCAUGGGCGGCUUUCUCGGCACGUGCUUGCUGGGCCUGCUGGCGGACCCGUCGGAGUGCGGCGAGGACGGUGCCCAGCCCAGCUGGUGCGUGAACCCGGGCACUGUGACCCGCUCCGGCGAGCAGUUCGGGAAGCAGUUGGCGGCGGCGCUCCUCUGCGCGGCCUACUCCUUUGUGGUCACCGUCGUGCUCCUCAAGAUUAUCGGGCUCGUGGCCACCAUUGUGCCCACCUCCGAGGAGCAGGAGGACCUGGACAAGGCCAUGCACGGCGAACAGGCCCAUUCCCCCGCCAAGGCGUACGCGGCGGGGGUGGGAGUCGACAAGCAAUCCCCCAUCAAGGCGUACUCGCUUGGGGCUGACGGUGCCCAGGAGAUGAGGGUCUGAGGGAGGGCCUGCCAGCGCCCGCGCGGCAUCGCUCUCCUCCGGCGCUUCCCCGUCCUUCCUCUUUCCUGGCUUCCCUCUGUCUUGGGCCCUCGCUUCGAAUCAUGCACGGUUUGCUUUCCCGUCCCGCCGCUUUCACCCCUCCUCUCAGCUCCUCGUGCUCCUCCUUAUGCUCCCCCUCCUCCCGC